AUGGUUCCCCCUCGCAAAAUAACGAAAUUAAAGGAGAGUUUACAAAAGGAUUAUGUUCCUUUGGAGAAAUAUCAAGCUUUAGAAUUCACCCAUCAACAAAUUCUCUUAGAUGUCGAUUACCAACUCCAAAUCCACACCAAAGAAGAAAAUCAGCAACUCAAACAAGACUUAGCUGAGACGAAUAUCAAAUUUUUUGAUAAAUGGAUGUCUGAAAAUAGAAUGUCAUUUCCCAUUCAAAAUUUUUUUGCUUUAACUGUCCACAAGAUACAAGCAUUAAAUUUACCCGAGGUAUCUCUCAGUCUUGAUGCUCAAGGAUUUGUACCUGGUCAAGCAUAUGUGGCUCUGAGCCAUCGCACUUCUUGGAAAAUGUUAGGAUUAAUGCACUUGCAAGAGAGGCACUCAUCAAUGAUAAAACAAUACGAGAAAUUGGAAAAAGCUGCUAGCGAACCUUUACUCUUUAUGAUAUAA